AUGAGAUUUUUUCAAUCUUUAUUAUUUUUAACUUUUUUUAUCCAUUUUUCAAAUGGAGCAAUAGGAGAUAGUAAUAAUAACACUAGUAUUACAAGUAAUCUUAAUAAUAAUCAAACAUCAAAUUAUAAUUUUUCAGUUUCAAUAAAUGAUAUUAAUAAUAAUACAUUAAAUAAUUUUACAAUAAAAAAUAAAAAUAGUGAUGUUGAAAAUAAUAAUAAUAUUAAUAAUAUUAAUAGUAGUAUACCAAUAAUUAUUGAUAAUAGUAAUAUUACAACAACCACUACAUCAAAUACAACGACUAAAAAUAAAAUUAAACCACAAACAUCAUUUGGAACAGGUUCAACUUUUGGUGUAAAUUCUGGAGUAUCCAUUACAACUACUGGUUUACCAAAUACCGCUUCAUUAAAGUCAUCCUCUACUACUGGCGGUUCAUCUCCAACUGCAGUAUCUUCAACAAAACCUUCACCAACAUCCACUACAACAGCAGCAUCCACAAGUUCAAACAUUCAUUCUAAUUCUCCAAAUCCAACAUCAUCAAUCGAAUAUAUACCAGUCCAUGAAGAAUCAAUUUCUACAACUACAAAUGAUAGACCUUAUAUUCAAACUAUUUCAGAUAAACCAAAAAAUGUAGCCUCAGAUAUUACUCUUUCUUCAAAUGGUUACACAUUACCUUUUUCAGAAAUAAACAAGGCAACAACAGGAAUUGAUAUUAAAUUAAAGGAUCAACAAAAUGAAAUCAUACAAGGACAUGAGCUAAAACCAAAUAUUAAUGAUGCCAAGCACAGUGAUUUAAAAAUAACCAAUACUCCUACAAUUGCCGGUGGUCUCGCAGAUUUGAUACACAAAGGAAAAAAUAAACAUAAAGAUAAUAGUGAUAACAAUAAUAAUAACAAUAAUAGUAAUAAUAAAAAUAACAAUAACAAUAACAAUUAUGAUGAUCAAGAAAAUUCUUCUUCAUCUAAAAUUUUGAUUUCAGGAAUCAUCUAUCUUGUAAUAAUUUCAAUAAUAUUUUAA